AUGCUGGCCAACGAGCAUGAAAUCGAUUUCCAGGUUGUCGAUGUCGAUUAUUAUAUGGAUAAUCAGGAUGAUGUUGUCAUUCGUUUGUUUGGAGUUACGGCUGGCCAAAAUUCUGUUUGUGUGCAAGUGCAUGGAUUUGUUUCAUAUUUUUAUGUAUUAUUAGAAAGUGCAUUCGAAGAAAAACACAUCGAAUAUGCCAAAAAAUAUUUGGAUAAUUUAAUUAAGAGUCAAUUACCAACGAAUAUUGGAAUUUCGAAACAUGUUGAGAAGUUAGUUGUUGAUCUGGAAAUCGUACAAGGCGCCAAUAUUUAUGGUUAUAAGGAGAAUCUAAAUCAGAAUUUUCUAAAAGUAUAUUGCUCAAUAAGAAAUGACGACCUGGUGGUCCAUGCGCCUGAUUCAUCGCCAAAAUGGUCAUCAAUAGCACCGCUGCGCAUUCUUUCUUUCGAUAUCGAAUGCACAAAUCGAAAAGGUAUUUUCCCAGAGGCUCAUACAGAUGCCGUAAUACAGAUAGCUAACAUGGUGAAAGUUGAAGGCGACAAUGAGCCAUUUAUUCGCAAUUGUUUUGUUAUCGGUGAAACGGCGCCUGUUAUUGGCAGCGAAAUCAUUGUUUCUAAGAGUGAAGAAGAAAUGCUUGAAGUGAUUUCUUUCGAUCCGGAUCUCUUCACUGGCUAUAACAUUCAGAAUUUCGAUUUCCCGUAUAUUAUUGAACGCGCCCGAACAUUAAAGAUUGAAAAUCGGGCAACGAUGCUUGGCCGAAUCGUGGUGCAGCGUGAUUACAAAUUACGAAGUUACUCGUUAAACAGUGUCAGCUACCACUUUUUAUGCGAGCAAAAAGAGGACGUGGAUUAUUCGAUGAUCGCCGAAUUACAGAAUGGAAAUGCGUUGUCACGCCGUCGUUUAGCUGUUUACUGUAUGAAAGACGCCUAUUUGCCUCUUAGGCUAUUACAGAAAUUAAUGUCUGUUAUUAAUUAUAUCGAAAUGGCUCGAGUGACUGGUGUUCCUCUUGACUACUUGCUUUCAAGAGGCCAGCAAGUCAAGGUUUUGUCGCAGAUCCUGCGAAAAGCGAAAUCACUUAACUUUUUUCUACCAGUAAUCGAUGCUGUUCAAGCAGAAGAAACUUACGAAGGUGCUACAGUAAUUGAACCAAUUCGCGGUUUUUACAAUGUUCCAAUUGCGACUCUCGAUUUUGCCUCACUCUUAGCGGAGAGCGAUUUUGAAGUAACGCCGUCCAACAAUCGCUUUGUGAAAGCUCAUCUUCGACGUGGUUUGCUACCGCAAGUUUUAGAAGAUUUAUUGAGUGCAAGAAAACGAGCAAAAAAUGAGUUAAAGAAUGAACAAGAUCCAUUUCGUUGUAUGGUUUUGAACGGAAGGCAGUUGGCACUAAAAAUAUCAGCAAACUCAGUUUACGGUUUUACUGGUGCUUCGGUCGGAAAAUUGCCUUGCUUGGAGAUCUCCCAGUCAGUCACCGCUUUCGGUCGUCAGAUGAUUGAUUUUACAAAAAAUACCGUUGAAGAGAUAUAUAAAAAAGGUUAUCUGGAUGGCAAAUGCCCAUGUGAUGCUCAGGUUAUUUAUGGUGAUACUGAUUCAGUAAUGGUCAAAUUUGGUGUGAAAGAUAUAAAGUCGGCGAUGGAGCUUGGCUUGCAUGCUGCUACAGAAGUUAGCAAAAAAUUUACACCUCCUAUCAAAUUGGAAUUUGAAAAGGUUUAUUCUCCUUUCCUGUUGAUUACCAAGAAACGCUACGCGGGUCUGUAUUUUACGCGACCUGAAAAACACGAUAAAAUUGAUUGCAAAGGACUGGAAACAGUUCGACGUGACAACUGCCCACUGGUUUCGAAAGUUCUUAGCACAUGCCUGGAGAAAAUGUUAUUGGAAGGCGAUGCUACUGGUGCUCUGGAACAUGCGAAAAAGGUCAUAUCAGAUCUGCUGUGUAAUCGAAUUGAUAUUUCGGAGCUGAUUAUCACCAAAGAAUUAACUCGUUCCAGCAAUGUAAGUGUUUAA